AUGUCCGACGUCAAGGCCAACGCCGAGGCCCUUGUGCCCAAGUUCAAGUUCGAGCGCCAGCUGAACCAAGACCAAGCUGGGCGCCGCACCACCCUCCUCGGCACCAUCGACUCCCAACCGGCCCUGCUAGUCCUCGAGCGCGCCCCCUUCCCAACCUCCACCGACUACCUCUCCUCUGCGCCCUUAACCCUCCGUACGCUCAAGAACUUGGGCGCCAACGACAUCUACCACUGGUACAUGGCCAGCAGCGGCGCUGUUUCCACAAACGAAGAGGAAGACUUCUCUGACCUCAAAAUCAACCUCAUCUACCCGUGCACGCCCAAACACAUCGCCAAAUACUCCCGGCAAGCAGUCCGCUACGUAUCCGAGACGCCCCAGAUCUACCGGGACCACGCAAAAAAAGAAGUCGAGGACGUGAUCUACCGGACUCCCUACGGCCAGGACCCGGAAGAAGGGUUCCUGUUGCUGCCAGACCUGAAUUGGGACCGUAAGACGCUGGCCGCCUUGCACCUACUUGGGUUGGUGGAGAGGAGGGAUAUCUGGAGCUUGCGAGAUCUCAAGAAGAAGCAUGUGCCGUUUUUGAGGCAUAUGAAGAGGAAGUUUGUUGAGGCUACGACCAAGGUGUACCCGCAGAUCGACGAGGACCAGCUGAAGCUUUAUGUGCACUACCAGCCGACGUAUUACCACUUUCACAUUCACAUCGUGCAUGUGCAGCUGGAGGCCGGGGCAACGCAGGCGGUGGGUAAGGCGGUGGGAUUGGAUGGUAUUAUUGAGACGUUGGAGGUUAUGGAAGGGGAUGGGGAAGCCGGCAUGGACAAGUUGACCAUGAGUUAUACCCUUGGGGAGGAGAGUGACUUAUGGAAAGAUGUUUUUGGACCGUUGAAGAAGAGAAGGAGCAGCAGCAGCAGCAGCUGA